AUGGUGGCUCCAGUGACUGCUCCACCGACUGAGCAAGAGACUGUGCUGUAUUGCUCAACAACAAUAUCAUAUCUCUACUGGAAAUGGAACGAAGACUUUGACAAGAAUUCACCGAAAACAAAUCCACCUCAAAUUAGCUACCUGUCAAAACUCGAAUAUCUUGAUUUGUCCUUUAAUAAGUUUUCAGGUAAAAUCCCACCAAAAAUUGGCAAGCUAACUAAUCUUAAGUUCCUCUUCCUUGAAGACAAUAACCUAAACGGCUCCAUUCCUAAAGAAAUAGGGUGCGUACACUUUCUAACUGAACUUGCUCUUUACAAAAACCAUAUAGACGGUUCCAUCCCUUCUUCUUUAGGCAAUUUGAGCAACUUGGUUAAUUUGUUUCUUUAUGACAAUGAACUUUCUGGUUUCGUUCCUCCAGAAAUGGGAAAUCUCUCCAAUUUGGGUCAACUUUUUCUUAGUAUUAACCACCUGACAGGUCCAAUCCCUCCCACUUUUGGGAACUUGAAAAACUUGUCCCUAAUCUUGGGCAAUGAAGAUACUGCUAAAGUGUUGGGCUGGAAUAAGAGAUUGAAUAUUGUUAAAGGUGUGGUAUAUGCCUUGUCUUACAUGCACCAUGAUUGCUCCCCACCAAUUAUUCAUCGUGACAUAUCAAGUAGCAACAUCUUGCUAGAUUCUCAAUUUGAGGCUCAUGUUUCAGACUUUGGGACUACUAAGCUUUCGGAGCUAGACUCAUCCAAUUGGACUUCCCCUGCAGGCACUUAUGGAUAUAUUGCACCAGAGCUUGCAUAUACAAUGAAGGUAACAGAGAAAUGUGAUGUAUAUAGCUUUGGGGUAUUGGCAAUUGAAGUCAUUAGAGGACAGCAUCCAGGUGAUUUCAUCUCCUCACUAUCAAUGCCGAUAGCUAUGGAAAACAUGCAGGUGAAAGAUGUGUUGGACCAACGGCUUCCAUUUCCAGCAGCUCAAGUUGAAAAUGAACUUAUAAUUGUUGUAUAG